ACACAUAUCUUUAUUGGUCUAUACGUUUUCUGUAGUUGCCAUAAAAUAUUUAGCAGUCAGGCUUAAUCGAAUUCAGAUUUACUGUUGUGCUAUCCAGUUGACUUUCAGGGUCUGCUGCUGAAAUAGCUUUCCUAGGCUUUAUAGUCAUCGUUAGAAAUGGCUUUAUUUAAACACGCACAGUUUGUCAAUCGACAUCCAGGCAUUAGGCUGUGGUGGAAAUCAAAGGAACUUGAUUUUGUGAUAGGACCGGUCUGUACAAGCCCUUUUACCAUAGUCAGGGCUUCCAGUUCAUUGCCAGACAAGAAGGAGCUGCUGGACGGAGGACCCGAUCUCCAGGAUUUUAUAUCGGGCGAUCUGUCUGAUAAAAACAGAUGGGAAGAGUACAAGGGGAACCUCAAACGACAGAAAGGAGAGAGGUUAAGACUCCCUCCUUGGCUGAAGACUGCGAUUCCAAUAGGGAAAAAUUACAAUAAACUGAAGAACACAUUGCGGAAUUUAAACCUGCACACAGUAUGUGAAGAGGCAAGGUGCCCAAACAUUGGAGAGUGUUGGGGAGGGGGAGAAUAUGCCACAGCUACAGCAACUAUCAUGUUGAUGGGAGACACCUGCACAAGAGGCUGCAGAUUUUGCUCUGUGAAAACCGCGAGAAACCCUCCCCCACUGGACCCCAACGAGCCACACAACACAGCGAAGGCCAUCACUGAGUGGGGCCUGGACUAUGUGGUGCUGACCUCCGUGGACAGAGACGAUAUUUCUGAUGGAGGUGCAGAACAUAUUGCAAAGACAGUAACUUAUCUAAAAGAAAUGAGUCAAAAAAUCCUGGUGGAGUGCCUAACCCCUGAUUUCAGAGGUGACCUAAACGCUGUGGAGAGAAUUGCUUUGUCUGGAUUAGAUGUUUAUGCCCACAAUGUAGAGACUGUCAGAGAGUUGCAGAGGCAUGUCCGUGACCCGCGAGCAAAUUUUGACCAAUCUCUUAGUGUCCUGAAGCAUGCCAAGAAAAUAAAGCCUUCUCUUCUAUCCAAAACAUCCAUAAUGCUGGGUCUUGGAGAGACAGACGCACAGGUGUAUGCAACAAUGAAAGAAGUGAGAGAGGCUGGCGUUGAUUGCCUGACUUUAGGACAGUACAUGCAGCCUACAAAACGACAUCUAAAGGUGGAUGAGUACGUUAGCCCUGAAAAGUUUCAGCACUGGGAGAAUGUUGGAAAAGAGCUGGGAUUUCUGUACACUGCAAGCGGACCACUAGUGCGCUCUUCAUACAAAGCAGGUGAAUUCUUCUUGAAGAACCUCAUUGAGAAAAGAAAAAUAGAAACCCACUAAGAAGACUCCUGACAAAUGACACAUGGGUUGGACUAUAAUAAUAAUAAUAAUAAUAAUAAUAAUAAUAAUAAUAAUAAUAAUAAUAAUAAUAUACUUGAUAGAGUGAAGAGGAAUGUAGGUGUGUCCCACUUCAGAGUUUAAUAUAUGUAUCUGAGAACACUUAUGCAAUUGUGAUGAAACUCGAUUAGGACAUGCUUCAGGUUAUUUAGAAUAUCAGAAUGAAGGCUAGUCUUCUAUCUUUAUGUAGUACAUGUGUCUCUAAUUACAUAUAUCUAGAUACUAGAGAACUGCUUAUCAAACUUUGAUAACUUUUCAAACAGAAGUUCAGUGUAUGAGGAUGUGUACAUAUGUAGGUCUGUAAUCAUCUGCUUUUUCAUAAUGUGUGUUUAUGCAAGCUGUACUGUGCUGCUAUUGCAUGGUAACAGUUUGGAACCUCAGUGAAUGGCAGAGAAAUUCCACUUGCCUUUAAUUGAAGAUAAAGGAGUUGUAUUGCAAUUUACAUAUUAAUGUCAUUAAUAAUUGAAGUUUCAAUGUAAGACAAUAUAGUGUUAAUUGCUGACCUGUGAACAUUAUUACCAAUGAAUAAAAUGAACUGUUGCACAGCU